GCCGCCGCCGCCGCCCGGGCGCGCGGCCCGCCCCGAGGCGCUCGUUCUCUCUCCUCGCCCCACCCUCUCGCUUCCCCUUCACGGAAACGACAGCUGCGGCGGCGGGGCUGGCGCCGCCUCCCUCCACCUACCACGUCUGCCCCCGCCACUCUCGCCCGGCGCCCCAGCCCGGCCGCGGCGCCUCCCCGCUAGGUCAGCCGGCAGCUCCGCCCGGCUUGCCGCCCAGGAUGAACAUCAUGGACUUCAACGUGAAGAAGCUGGCGGCCGACGCGGGCACCUUCCUCAGUCGUGCAGUGCAGUUCACAGAAGAAAAGCUUGGCCAGGCAGAGAAGACAGAAUUGGAUGCUCACUUAGAGAACCUUCUUAGCAAAGCUGAAUGUACCAAAAUAUGGACAGAAAAAAUAAUGAAACAAACUGAAGUGUUAUUGCAGCCAAAUCCAAAUGCCAGGAUAGAAGAAUUUGUUUAUGAGAAACUGGAUAGAAAAGCUCCAAGUCGUAUAAACAACCCAGAACUUUUGGGACAAUAUAUGAUUGAUGCAGGGACUGAGUUUGGCCCAGGAACAGCUUAUGGUAAUGCCCUUAUUAAAUGUGGAGAAACACAAAAACGAAUUGGAACAGCAGACAGAGAGCUGAUUCAAACAUCAGCUUUAAAUUUUCUCACUCCUUUAAGAAACUUUAUAGAAGGAGAUUACAAAACAAUUGCUAAAGAGAGGAAACUAUUACAAAAUAAAAGACUCGAUUUGGAUGCUGCAAAAACCAGACUAAAAAAGGCAAAAGCUGCAGAAACUAGAGCUUCACAACUUAACUCAGCUCGCCUUGAAGGAGAUAACAAUAUGAUUUGGGCAGAGGAAGUGACAAAAUCUGAACAGGAAUUGAGAAUAACUCAAAGUGAAUUUGAUCGUCAAGCAGAGAUUACAAGACUUCUGCUAGAGGGAAUCAGCAGUACGCAUGCCCAUCAUCUCCGCUGUCUGAAUGACUUUGUGGAAGCCCAGAUGACUUACUAUGCACAAUGUUACCAGUACAUGUUAGACCUCCAGAAACAACUGGGAAGUUUUCCAUCCAGUUACUGUAACAACAAUCAAACUUCUGUGGCACCCGUGCCAUCUGCUUCAUCAAAUGUGAUUGGUUCUUCUGCCUUGUCUUCAACAAGUGGCCUAGUAAUUGCCUCUCCUACCAACCUCAUUGACCUUAAGGAGUGCAGUGGCAGCAGGAAGGCCAGGGUUCUAUAUGAUUAUGAUGCUGCAAACAGUAGUGAAUUAUCACUUCUGGCAGAUGAGGUGAUCACUGUGUUCAGUGUCGUUGGAAUGGAUUCAGACUGGCUAAUGGGGGAAAGGGGAAAUCAGAAGGGCCGGGUGCCAAUUACCUACUUAGAACUGCUCAAUUAAAUAGGUGGACUAUGGAAAGAUUACCCAUCAUGAAACCAGUAUUUAUAUACAAUUAACUCUAAAUAAAGCAGGUUUAAGUAUCUUCCAUGUUAAUGUUUUUAGGAGACUGAAAAGAAAAUACCAGCCACCAGAAGCCAGCCUUUCUGCCAAUAAAAUUGCAUGGUACAUAUUUCAUUACAGAAUUUAUGUUAGUGCUUUCAUGCCAAGAAUGUUUUCUUACAAAAUUCUCUUUCUACUGAGGUUUCACUAAUAAGCAGCUUCUACUUUUGAGCUCCAACUUAAAGCAGAAGAACUGUUUUCUACUGAAUUUUUCAUUAAUGGCAAGCUUUUUCUUUUAUGUAAAAUAAAUUUAUUGUGAAUUGA